AUGGCGCCAAAACCAAUUAAAGACACGGUAAGUAUUACUUUCUGGUUUCAUUCAUCAAACAAUUGGAUAUUUUUUUCAGAAAUCGACGGUUCCACAAGUUGAUGAUUCUGCAGAACCUGGACCAAGUUCGUCUUCUUCGCAAUCAUCUUCGCAAUCUCAAGAGCCUGCAUAUCCACUUGCUGAAGAAGCCGAUGAUGAAAUCAUCUUCUUGAAAGAAGUCCAGAAGCCAAGUAAAUCUGCUAAAAAAGAGGUAAUUUUCAUUUUUUAGUUGAAAAUUUGAUUUUUUCUCAAAAACGUGAAUUCAGAAUAUCUUGUUGCCAGAUUUUUCCGAAAAAAAUAUAGAUCCUCUUGGAAUAAUUUUUGUUCAGAAAUCCAAUGAAAAUCUAGCAGUAAGAUAUCCUAAAUUUACUUUGGAUCUAUGAAAUUUCAAAACGAAUUGAAAACAAAAUUAUUUUUUCCGAAUUCAAUUAAAGAUAGACAAAUCAAAGUUUUGUUAAGAAUUGAUCAAUGUUAAUUUCAAUUUUCAGAGUGUGAAAAAAGAAGAUGAAAGUGAUGGAGAGGAUUCUGAUGAGAGUGAAGAAGUGGAUAGUGAUGGAGUUUCGGAUGAUCAAGGAGAAUCGGAUGAUUCUGAAGAUAUUGAAUCCGAUGAAGAAGGUGAAAAAGAGGAGCAAGAAGAAUCUGAUGAUGAAAAUGAAUCUGAUGACAAAGAAGAAGAAGAUGGCGAGGAUAAAAAAGAUUCCUCAAUUGAGAUUUUGGAUUCGGAAGACGAUUCGGAUGAUGGAGAAGUAGAAAAGGUUUCGGAAGAGGAUUCGACAGAUGGAGAGAAGGAGGAUAACCAAGAGGAAGAAGGAGAAGAUUCGAGAGUUGCAAGAUCGAGAAGAGUUCCGCCGGCGAGUAAUGACCAAGUGCGUUUUUCUUCCAUCCCGAAAUUUAUUGAUUCAAUUAGAAUCAAUGAGCCCAUGCUGAUUAAAAAUUUGAAAUUGAAAAAAAUAAUUUUUCCCAUGCAAAAAUCGUCGUGAAACAAAAUAUGCAGUUUAAUAUUUUUUGAGUAGAAACAACGUUGAAUUGAGAGAGCGCAGGCAGACAAUUUACUUUUUUGUCCAAAAGUGUGCGCUCUCUCAAUUUCACAUUGUCUCUACACAAAAAAUAAUAAACUGUAUAUUUUGUUUUUCGACGUUUUUUGCAUGGAAAAAAUUAUGAUUUUUUAAUUUCAAAAUAUUAAUUUGCACAGGCGAAAAAUUGAAUUUUGAAGGAAAUAAUUUUGGAAUAUUUUCCUGUUGAAAUUAAUUACAAUGUUCAAUUCAAAUCCAUGCUAGUUCAAAAAGAAAUCAGAAAAAUUGUCAAAGAAUGUUGGAAAAAAUUGUUCAAUUUUAAUUUUCAGAUUCCGACGACUUCGACAAGCCGAAAAAGACAGCGUUCACCGUCAAUUGAAAUCGUUGAAGAACAAUCUACAUCAAGAAGAUCUCAAACCACUCCCAAAAAGCAAAAGAAAGGUCGCCUCGAAGUACAAGAAGAUAAUCAAGAAAGGGUUACAGGAGAAGAGGAGGCUGGAGAAGUUCCAGAAGUUUCAGAUGAUUCAAAUGAUGAUGAAGAUGAAGAUCGGAUCGAUGCAAAUUACAUCCGAGUUAGUUUUUCUGAAUUAUAUUUUUUUGCAUGAAAAAUCUGAAUUUUUUAGCGAUUCUUGAACCAUUCAGUCCAACGGAACCCACAAGUUUAUGGAAAUAUCCCAAAUGUCUCGGAUUUUUUGGUUAGUUUUUUUAACGCAUUUCUUCUCAUGAAAAAUUUCAAUUAUUUCAGGAUUAUACCAUGAAUUAUAUUCGAUCGAAUCAGGAACUUCUCAAUGAUCUCACAAAUAGUGAUCAAAGAUUGUUCGCAUGGUACAAUGAGAAUUUUGUCAUUGGCUCCCAAAAUUGGAUGGAAUUUACGAAUAACCCAGAUUCUUUCGAAGACUUACACCGGAACCAAUUUGAACACUCAAUUGAAGGUAAGCUUUGGGGGAAUAUUAAAAAAAUAUAUGUGUUGAAGUUUUCAAUGAUUUUUUUUUUAAUUCUUCAGAAAAAAAAAACACUUUCUAGCCAAAAACAAUUAGAAAAUUUUCCAGCUUAUUUUUUUUUCAUUAUCUAAUUUCGAAUUUAUUUUCAGAUGAUGGAACUUUUGUGUCAGUUCCAUUGGACCCAAUGCCAGUCCUCUUUCCAUCUGCAAUUCAAGGACGACUGAUUGAAAGAGCUCGUGAACAACAUGACUGGAUUGUGGACCAUAGGGAAGCACAAUAUCUGGUUAGUUCUAAGGGAGGGGUUCCGAACUUUGAGUAGUUCUAGAAUUUUCUAGAAAUUUUAAGAUUCCAAAAUUUUAGAUAACUUUCAGCUUGAAUUUUAGAAAAAUCUCAGAAUUUUUUGUGUCUAAAAUUAACAAGCUCUUUCAAUUUCAAGUUGGAAACUUUUUAAGAAAGGAUUCAAAUAUUUUCGAAUUCGAAUAUUUUCAGAUGGUUCUCCAAAGAGGAAGAGAAAUCGAGAGAAGAGGAGAAGAAGUCAGGAACUUGAUGAGAAGAAAUGAAGAGCUUGUCGAGGAAAUCAAUCAGUCUCGUCGUCAAUGA